AUGAUUUGGUGUGGCUAUCCUCAUAACCUAAAAAACAUGUCCAUCCAAGGCCUGAAGAAGAAACAACCAAAGACUUUUAAAGUCAAAAUUAUAACAGUGGAUGCUGAAAUGGAGUUCAGCUGUGAGAUCAAGUGGAAGGGAAAGGAUUUGUUUGACCUGGUGUGCCGAGCACUUGGUUUGAGGGAGACUUGGUUCUUUGGCUUGCAGUACACAAUAAAAGGAAUGUGCACCUGGUUAAAGAUGGACAAAAAGGUUUUAGAUCAAGAAAUCCCCAAAGAAGAUCCCAUUAGCUUUCAUUUUCUGGCUAAAUUCUACCCAGAGAAGGUAGAAGAGGAACUAUUGCAGGAAAUUACCCAGCAUUUAUUCUUCCUUCAGGUUAAGAAACAAAUACUGGAUGAGGAAAUCUAUUGUUCUCCAGAAGCAACAGUUUUACUGGCUUCUUAUGCUGUUCAGGCCAAGUAUGGUGACUACGACCCAAGCUUUCAUGAGCCAGGCUUUCUAGCACAUGAUGAACUUUUACCCAAAAGGGUCCUCAGGCAGUAUCAGCUGACAGCAGAGAUGUGGGAAGAAAAGAUUACUGCUUGGUAUGCUGAGCACAGGGGAAUUGCCAGGGAUGAAGCUGAGAUGAACUACCUGAAAAUUGCCCAAGACUUGGAAAUGUAUGGUGUCAAUUAUUUCCCAAUUGCUCAAAAUAAGAACCAUACAGAUCUCCUGCUUGGAGUUGAUGCCAAAGGUAUCCACGUCUACAGCAUUAAUAACAGGUUCUCUCCAAAUAAGUCCUUUGAGUGGAGUGCUAUCAGAAACAUUUCCUAUAGUGAGAAAGAGCUAACUAUCAAACCUCUUGACAAAAAAGCAGAAGUCUUCAAGUUUUUUUCCUCUCAGCUCAAAGUGAACAAAUUGAUUUUGCAGCUGUGCAUUGGAAACCACGACCUGUUUAUGAGGAGAAGAAAAGUGGACUCAGUAGAGAUCCAGCAAAUGAAAGCACAAGCCAGGGAGGAAAAAGCUAGGAAAAAGAUGGAGAAUCAACGGCUGGCCAGGGAGAAGCAGCUCCGAGAAGAAGCAGAGCGAGCCAAAGAGGAGCUGGAAAGGCGUCUCUUCCAGCUGGAAGAUGAAGCCAGGCAGGCCAAUGAGGCCCUGAUCCGAUCUCAGGAAGCAGCAGAGCUACUGGCUGAGAAAGCUCAGAUUGCAGAAGAAGAGGCAAAAUUGCUGGCCCAGAAUGCUGCAGAAGCUGAGCAAGAACGACAGAGGCUGGAGAUCACAGCUCUGAAAACCAAGGAGGAGAAACGCCUGAUGGAGCAAAAGAUGCGGGAGGCAGAGCUGAUAGCAGUGAAGCUGGUGAAGGAAUCUGACCGGAGAGCCAAGGAAGCUGAGCAUCUGAAACAAGAUCUGCAUGAAGCCAGAGAGGCUGAAAGGAAAGCAAAGCAGAAACUCUUAGACAUAACCAGGCUUAAUUAUCCUCAUAUGGUCAAGUACCCACAGUACUCACCAACUGACACCAGAGAUGCCAACUUUGACAAAGGAUCCAUAAAGCUGGAUUUGAAAGACAUUGACCUCAAGAGACUAUCCUUUGAGAUCGAGAGAGAGAGGCUGGACUACUUAGAAAAGAGCAGGAAAUUUGAAGAUCGACUGAAGGAACUGAAGUCUGAAAUUUAUGCUUUGAAACUAGAAGAAAAACAGUCUGGGCUUUAUUCUCACUGGAAUGAAGUGCUGGGAUCUUUGGAUCGCUCCUUAGGGAAUACUCCUUCGUGGAUGAAAACCUUUGAAACCGGAGAGUCGUUGGAUAUAAAUCUUCAAAGACCUUUCCCUGCUUCCUCAUUAAGUACUACAAGCAGCUGGCCUUGUACCAACAGAAUUCAGCACACAGUGCCAGUGGAUAAGUCAUCUUUUCAAGGAAAUCCUUUGCUUGCCAACAGUGUGGGCACAGGAACCAGAAAACAGAUUAUAAAGGUUCAGCAGCAUGACUCAGAUGUGAUCUACAUUUGAAGCCUCUCAUUUCUUUACCUGCUGGCCAUCUUUUUGGCUGCUGCAAAAGGGACCUAUACAAGCACACUUGUGCAGCUGUCUGCUGACAGGCAUCAGCACAAGAGAUGUGGCACUGCAGUUCGAGUGGUACUGUCCAGCUUCUGAGCAGGUAACACAAACUGGGAGCACUGAAACUGCCAGUGCCAAACCAGCUGGUGUCUUUGGGUACAGUGGUAAAGGUACAAACCCAGAGGAGUAUUGUUUACUACUUAAGCACUUUGUACUUUGCUAACCCUUCCUCCCCCAGGUGUUUUUACACACUGCCCUAUCACUAUGGUACUGUACUUCUGUGGAAAGGAUGUGAGGCAGCAAGUGUCCAGGAGAUGCUUGGGAGGAGAAAAAGAAAUGUACAUAGUUUGGUAUUUACCUACA